CGGGGCUAGUGCACGCUGGGAUCAGCCGCACGGAGCGGGGGGCGCUGGGCUGCCUUUCCCGCACCUGGAGCCGCGCAGCCUCUGGCAGGAGCAGCGAGACGUACGGAGGGCCCCGUGCUCAGCCCGCUGGGGUGUGGCUGCUCCCCCUUGGGCCGCGAGCAGCGUGGCUGGCGAUGAUCUGAUUGCACGCGCUGUAUUUUUGCAUUCUCUUCCUCUUGCUAGGUGCAGCCUCCUGCUCCCCCCCGGCAUCCAUGAUGGCUGAGCCGCGGCCGCUGUUCUGUGCAAUGUGGCUCCUUUCAGCUAUCGCUAUGGGGGUGCUGCUGGCAGGUCCCUCCUCAGCUGCAGCAGGGGAUGCCCCGCCUGGCAAAAUAGCUGUGGUGGGCGCCGGGAUAGGUGGCUCGGCGGUGGCCUACUUCCUGCAGCAGCACUUUGGACCACAGGUGCAGCUGGACGUAUACGAGAAGGGCAGUGAGGGGGGCCGACUGGCCACCAUCAUCGUCAACAAGCAGCAGUACGAGUGCGGUGGCGCCUCUAUCCACUCGCUCAGCCUGCACAUGCAGGACUUCGUCAAGCUCCUGGGCCUGAAGCACCGACGAGAGGUGGCAGGGAAGAGCGCCAUCUUCAGUGGGGAGCAGUUUGUCCUGGAGGAGACGGACUGGUACCUGCUGAACCUCUUCCGGCUCUGGUGGCACUAUGGAAUCAGCUUCCUGCGCCUGCAGAUGUGGGUGGAGGAGGUGAUGGAGAAGUUCAUGAGGAUCUACAAGUACCAGGCACAUGGCUAUGCCUUCUCCAACCUGGAGGAGCUCCUGCGCUCGCUGGGUGGCGAAACCUUCAUCAACAUGACGCAGCGCUCUGUGGCCGAGUCCCUGCUGGAGGUGGGCGUCACGCAGCGCUUCAUUGACGACGUCAUCGCAGCCGUCCUGCGCUCCAGCUACGGCCAGUCAGUGCUUGUGCCCGCCUUUGCAGGGGCCAUGUCGCUGGCAGGGGCUCAGGGCAAUACGUGGGCUGUGGAAGGCGGCAACAAGCUGGUAUGUUCGGGUUUGCUGAAGCUAACUAAAGCCAACGUGAUCCAGGCCAGGGUGACGGGUGUCUCUCUGCACAGCUCAGAUGGGAAAGCCCUGUACCAGGUGCGCUACGAGGAUGACGAAGGCCAAGGCUCGGCCUUUUAUGACAUGGUGGUUAUCGCCACGCCGCUGCAUUCCGGCAGGAGCAACAUCACCUUUGAGAACUUUGACCCCCACAUCACUGACUUCCCAGGCUCCUUCCAUCCCACCAUCACCUCCGUCGUCCACGGCUACCUCAACUCCUCCUACUUCGGCUUCCCUGACCCCAAGCUUUUCCCCUUCGCUAGCAUCCUCACCACUGACUCCCCCGACCUCUUCUUCAACGCCAUGGACAACAUCUGCCCCGUCAACAUCUCAGGCGCCUUCCGGCGCAAGCAGCCCCAGGAGGCUGCCAUCUGGCGGGUCCUCUCCCAGCAGCCCCUGGACAAGCAACAGCUGAAGACCCUCUUCCGCUCCUACUAUUCAGUCCAGGUGACGGAAUGGCAGGCUUACCCCCACUAUGACUCUACCAAGAGUAUCCCGCCCAUCAUCCUCCACGACAACCUCUUCUACCUCAACAGUGUGGAGUGGGUGGCCAGCUCCAUGGAAAUGGCUUCCGUGGCAGCUAAGAACGUGGCGCUCCUGGCGUACAACCGGUGGUACCAGGACCUGGAGAAGAUUGACCAGAAGGACUUGAUGCACAAGGUGAAGACUGAACUGUGACAUGACGGGGGCUGCUGGGGAGCUGGCCAGGAGCCUCUUCAUUUACUAGCCUGCUGAGGAUUUAUCGUUGGGGGAGAGACCACUGGAUUUCUGGCCAAGAGGAGGGGAGGGUCUGGCCAAUGAGUUCCUUGUAUGUUGUUGCCUUCAGUAACGCCGUCCCUGCACCACCCUGUGGCGCUAAUGCCAGGUGCCUGCUACAGGCAUCAAUGCUCAGGCUUCCUCCCUACCCAGCCAGCGCCGGGGUGGGGGGAUGAGGAGGGAGCCUAAGCUCAUUGCCAGGGAACUGCCAGCCAGGGCCCAUUUCAGAUCCUAAGUUGGGCUGGGGCUGUGCAUCCUUAACAAUGGCCAGUGCUGAGGAUGGGGUGGAGGUGGGAUGUGCAAAUCCAUUCUCUGGUCACUUACCUGCCAGGACUCAAGCGUGGGAUCCCAUGAGACUUUCAAGGGGUAAGACCUGAUGAUGGCAAGAGCAGAUAUGGGGCCUAAAAUAUGUGGCCACGUGCCUUGGGCCCUGAGCCAUAUGGGGCCAUGUACCAUGGGCACAGAUCCAGAUGUGGAUAUGGACCUUCUAGUAUGACCCAGCUAUCCUAUAGAGCAGUGCUGAGUCUAGACAACUGCCUGCCCCCAGCAUUUCCUGUGCAGGACUCCCCUGGCUGGCAGUGCAGUCGGACUCCUGGCUCUAGCUGCUGGGGUUGUCCUCAGUCCUUGCAAGGCCAGUACUGGACCCAACGCUCAGGUCUUGGCAGGUAUGUGGUGCUCCAGCUGCGACCAUGUCUGUGCUGUGAGUCCGUAUGACUAGUGGGUCCCUCUCAGCUUCUCACCCAGAGCUGCUCUUGCUUUGUUAACCAAGCCUAUCAGCUCCCCUCUAAACGCAGGCAGGGCAGGGACUGGGGGGAGCUGCCAGCUGGAGGGGCCAACGCUGCAGCAGACACAAGGCCCGCUCACCUCCUUCUCUAUACAAGCAUGACGUCCAAACCCCUUUCCCAGCGCUAACCCUGACCCCUUUGGGCUUUGCUAGCCUCUCUAAGCCCAUGAUUUGGGGACAGAUUGAAUGCACACUCAGGAAGCGCUGUAGCGGCUGGCGGUCCUUGGCAGGUUCCCUGGGGCAGAGGGAUUGAUGCUCGGUUUAAGACGGGUUUUCAACCUUUCUUGAAUCAUGUCCCCUGAACCUUAAAAAAACCCAACAGAGUAAGCUAGAGGGAACUGGGGCCAUUAAUACAUUGAUUCCAAUAAAGGGGAUUCUACUUGAAGUAAA